AUGUCCCACCCUUCUGUUGACGACGACUUGAUCCCUGAAACCGUCGAAGGCUACACCGUAGGCGAAAAGAAAACCAUCGCUGAAUACACCAAGUUGGAUGCCGAAGACGAGUCCUUGGCCAAGUGGAAAGCCUCCUUGGGUUUGACUGCUGAUUCCAACGCCUAUCCUGUCAAGGCUGGCGAUAAUAGAACUGUCGUCGUUGUUCAGAUAGGUUUGGAAUUCCCAGACCAGCCAAUACAGCCCAUCACAUUCAACUUGGAAGACGCACAAGGGAACACCAUUCCGGGCAAGGAAAUCAAGUUCCAGAUCAAGGAGAGAGCCGUCUACCAGUUGGUGAUCAAGUUCCGUGUCCAGCACGAGAUCGUCACCGGUUUGAAGUACUUGCAUUCUGUCAAAAAAUCGGGCAUUAGAGUGGACAAACUCGAAGAGCCCUUGGGUUCCUACGCUCCUAACACGAAGGAUAAACCUUACUAUGAAAGAAAGUUCACCGAGGUUGAAGCUCCAUCGGGCUUCUUGGCCAGAGGAAGCUAUUCCGCCAUCACCAAAUUCAUCGACGACGACAAGAACGUCCAUUUGACGUUCCCAUGGAGUUUCACCAUCAGCAAGUAG